UUGUACAUCCUCCCCACGGGAUGAGUGGGUUUUCUCCAGAUGCUCCGGUUUCCUCCCACAGUCUAAAGACGUACCGUUUAGAAGGUUCACUGGUCAGUGUAAAUUGUUCUGUGAUUAGGCUAGGGUUAAAUUAGUGGGUUGCUGGGCAGUGUGGCUUGAAGAGCUGGAAGCGCCUGUCCCAUGCUGUAUCUCUAAACUAAAAUAAAAUCUGUGGCCAAAUAUCAUACUUUUGUAACAGAUUAAUGCUUAAAAUCAUCCUUCAACUGUUUUAUGUUAUUAAGUAUUAAUCCACAAAAUUCUGCAUCUACUCUGAAUAUAAGAACAUAAGAAAUAGGAGCAGGAGUAGGCCAUCCGGCUCAUCGAGCCUGCCCCGCUAUUCAAUAAGAUCAUGGCUGAUUUGUCCGUAAACUCAGCUCCAUCUACCUGCCUUCUCCCCAUAACCCUUAAUUCCCUUACUAUGUAAAAACCUAUCUAACUGUAUCUUAAAUAUAUUUAGUGAAGAAGCCUCAACUGCUUCCCUGGGCAGAGAAUUCCACAGGUUCACCACUCUCUGGGAAAAACAAUUUCUCCUCAUCUCCGUCUUAAAUCUUCUUCCCUGCAUUAAGAAUUUUCUAUGCUUAACUGAGAUGUACCCCAGGCUACUGUGGGAGGUGAGGGAGGAGAUUGCUGAGCCUCUGGCGAUGAUCUUUGCAUCAUCAAUGGGGAUGGGAGAGGUUCCGGAGGAUCGGAGAGUUGCGGAUGUUGUUCCUUUAUUCAAGAAAGGGAGUAGAGACAACCCAGGAAAUUAUAGACCAGUGAGUCUUACUUCAGUGGUUGGUAAGUUGAUGGAGAAGAUCCUGAGAAGCAGGAUUUAUGAAUAUUUGGAGAAGUAUAAUAUGAUUAGGAAUCGUCAGCAUGGCUUUGUCAAGGGCAGGUCGUGCCUUACGAGCCUGAUUGAAUUUUUUUGUAGUAUAUACGGAUUUCAGCAAAGCAUUUGAUAAGGUACUCCAUACAAGGCUUAAAGUAAGGAGGCAUGGGAUCCAAGGGGACAUUGCUUUGUGGAUCCAGAACUGGCUUGCCCACAGAAGGCAAAGAGUGGUUGUAGACGGGUCAUAUUCUGCAUGGAGGUCAGUGACCAGUGGUGUGCCUCAGGGAUCUGUUCUGGGACCCCUACUCUUUGUGAUUUUUAUAAAUGACCUGGAUGAGGAAGUGGAGGGAUGGGUUAGUAAAUUUGCUAAUGACAGAAAGGUUAGGGGUGCUGUGGAUAGUGUGGAGGGCUGUCAGAGGUUACAGCGCGACAUUGAUAGGAUGCAAAACUGGGCUGAGAAGUGGCAGAUGGAGUUCAACCCAGAUAAGUGCGAAGUAGAUCAUUCUGGUAGGUCAAAUAUGAUGGCAGAAUCUAUACCUUACUAAAAUUCUCAUUCUGUUUAUCUGUUUGUCGGUUUGUCUGUCUGUGCCCUCAAAUUAGCCCAAACGCUGCAUUAAAGCGGCACUUUUUGACUAAAUGGACUUAAAAUGCGCUAACUUACAGAAUGCAUACAGAGGUCAGGGUUAUAUUCAUUUAAAAUUGCUCACUCGUCAACAGGCCCCACUUUCCACACCUGAUUCCAGCUUUCAUGGAAACUGCGACGCGACACCACGACGCACGAGAAGGGCCAGCCUCAGCAGCACCUCACGAUGCUCACAGCAGUGACACCAACCGCAGCAAAAGGGCAGGGCAGCUUAUUUCGAGCGGUCACAUUCUGUGAAUCACCAUCAGCAUGUGCAGGAUUGGGACAGAUCAAACUGCAACCCAUCAAUAAGAGGGAAUAAUGACAAGACAAGUGCUGGAAGAGCACUUCCAGGUUUUCUCGAUUCGCGGUUGGCUGAAUUCGCACAUGUGGAACUCGCGGAUAAGGAGGGCCGACUGUAUACGAAUAUGUGUGCGACUGCUUGGAAAGGAAUCUCCCUUCAAUGAUUUUCAUUGAUGCACCAGGAGGAACGGGCAAGACAUUUAUCAUCAACUUGAUCCUCGCUAAAGUUAGGGGAGAUGAAGGUGUUGCUAUUGCUGUAGCAUCAUCCGGUAUUGCCUGGUGGUAGGACAGCGCAUUCAAGAUUCAAGAUACCCCUCAAAGACAAUGACCAUGCCCUUUGUAACAUCGAUAUAAACACCACUACUGCAAAUUUACUCCGAAAUGAGAGGCUUAUUGUCUGGGAUGAGUGCCCCAUGAUUCGGAGGGAGAGCUUCGAAGCCGUGGACCGGACUCUUCGUGAUGUAUGCGGCAAGAAUGAGGCCUUCAGGGGUAUUUUAACCAUUUGCUGUGGCAAUUUCUGACAGCUUCUAGCAGUUGUGAAACGAGGAAAUGAUGCUGAUGUGGAGAAUUCAUGCAUAAAAAAAUCCUAGUUAUGGAGAAGCUUCAUCAAGUUUCAAUUGAAGAAAAACAUGCAAUUGAGUGAGGGAGAAGGACGAUAUUCUGAGUCCUUAUUGGAUGAUAGAGAAGACAAGAUUGAGAAAAAUGAAAACGAUGAAAUUGAAUUACCUGAAGAUAUGAUUCUACCAGCAAAAACUAUAGAAGAAUGUAUUGAUUUCAUCUACCCGACAUUUGACAAUCCUGCAGAACCGUUCUCGAGGAAUUUUAUCUUGGUUCCUCUCAACGAAAUGAUGAGAAAAAUAAACUUCACAUGCAUUAGACAUUUCCCUGGAACCAUGAAAGAAUACUGUUCCUUCAAUGUCGUAAGUGAAAGAGCUAAAGCCACUCAUUUUCCAACAGAAUUCCUUGAUUCGGUUGAACUCUCUGGAUUGCCACCACAGAAACUGGAAUUGAAGAGGGGAUCUCCCAUCAUUUCAAUGAGGAACUUGGAUCCACCAAGGCUUUGCAAUGGAACGUGAAUGAUGGUGGAAGAACUGCACGACAAUCUCAUUGUAGCAAAGAUAAACAUUUGUGCGUUCAAAAAUGACAUUGUCAUGAUCCCAAAAAUUACUCUCAGUUUAUCAGAAGGGGAAGAUGUCCCUCUUCAGCGGAGCCAGUUCCCGAUACAGUCAUGCUUUGCUAUGACUAUACAUAAGGUGAGAAGCUCCUAGAAACUUCAGCAGUCUAAUGAACAAGGAGGCAAUUAAAUGAGAGAGAGAGAGUACGGUGCGAGCUGAGACACGAGCUGGGAAGUCACCAUGGUAACAGCUCAGAGUGGUUGAUCUAACGGACACUGGAAUUUUGGAUGGAUUAUAAAAAGUUGAUCCUUCGGUCUAAUAACGACAGAGGAGACACGACACGGGAGAACUGCGGAAGCUACCCGAGAAACCACUGGUGGAGUUUAAGACCACCACGAGGGUGGAGGCGAUGGACCGAUUAAUUUCGACCCGUGAUUACCAGUGCGGGUAAGAGCUUGCCUGUGGAGGUCUGCUGGUGGUGAACCCGUGCUGUGGGUUAGUAGACCGUUCCCUAGAAGGGGCUCUGUCCAUUUGUGUCUGUGUGGGGGUCACACAGAGUGACUCUGAAGACUUCGGAAGUAAGAACAACUAAAGCUGCCAACUUGAACAUCAACUCAAUUAACUCUCUCUCUCUCCAUCAACUCGACUCGACGCAACACAAAGUGAACUGAACUGCUUAAACUUAACUGACACCGUAAGACUGGUAUCUACUCCUGGACUAUUAUUUUUUGUAUCCACACACUCAUUUACGGAUAUAUAUAUAUAAAAAAUAGUUUAUAACCUAUAUUUUAUUAUUCGGUUUAAUGAUAUUAAUUCGUAGUAGCAAUAAAUAUAGUCUUAAUUUAUAGUAAAUUAGACUCCAGGUGUGUUCCAUUUCUGCUGGUCCUUUUCAACCCGUCAUGGGGUUCGUGACAAAAUUGGGGCCUGCGUCCGGGAUCUGAACAAGUUUGGUUGGAGCCAAUUUUCGAAAUUGUGUGGGGGCUUGUCUUGAUUGGGGAAAUCCCUUGUAAUUAAUCUGUGUGUGGAAAACAGCAGAAAUGGAAGCUAGUGAAUUUAUAGAGAACCCUACUCCUCUGUUUUUGAGGAGAGCCAGAAAGGAGGUUCUAUGUGACAUUGCUAAGAAAUGGAAACUUUCCGGAAUACAGAAGAGUAUGACGAAGGCAGGAAUUCGGAGGAAAAUAGCUGAAUAUUGUGUUGGGAAAGAGUUAUUUGAGGAGGAGUCGCUACAGUAGUUUCCGAUAGGUGACGAGGAGACCCUGUUACGACUAGAACAUUUAAGAAUGGAGAGACUUAAGGUCGAGGCUGCAGAGGCAGAUAAACAGAGGGAGUUUGAGAGGGAGAUGCGGCGUCAAGAGGGUCAAGUGUCAGUCCAUGGUGACAAGAGGGGUGUAUCCAUUAAUGUCAGUCAGGAAGUUAAGUUGGUACCUCUGUUUGCUGAAGAAGACGUUGAUAGGUACUUCCUACAUUUUGAGAAAGUGGCUGAGAACAGGAAGUGGCCGCGGGAAGACUGGGCAGUAUUGCUGCAAAGUGUGUUAAAAGGGAAGGCGCAGCAAGCAUAUUCUGCCUUAUCUGUGACCGAGUCGACUAAUUAUGAUACUGUGAAGGAGGCUGUGCUUAAGGUCUAUGAGAUGGUGCCAGAAGCGUACCGACAGAAGUUUCGGGGUUUGAGGAAGUCUGGGAACCAGACAUAUAUAGAGUUUGCCCAUGAAAAGGAGAGGUACUUUGAUCGGUGGUGUCCCUCGAAAGAGGUAGACGAGGACUACCACAAAGUGAGACAGCUGAUGCUGAUCGAGGAAUUUAAAGAGUGUGUCCCUAGUGCGAUACGGACAUACAUAGAAGAGAAAGAGUUUGAGACUCUUUCCGCGGCCGCUAGGAAAGCGGAUGAGUUUGCCCUGAAUCACAAGAUUAAGUUUUUCCCAAGCAAGUGUUAUCAGAAGAGUUACCGGGAUAAUCCACCGAGUAAAACAGAACACAAGGCAGGAGCUAGGUACAGAGGUAAAGAGGAGGGGAAACCAACCAAAAAUAAGUUUUCCAGUUUUACCUGUUACUACUGCAGAAAGCCUGGCCAUGUGGCAUCUAACUGUCUUAUUCGGAAGAAAGAAAUGGGAAAGGAGAGGGGGGAACCUCCGACAUGUGUGCGCCGGCGGCUGAGACCACACGAAGGAAGGUGGGGUCUGGCCGAGUUCAGGAAGGGAUUGAGUGGUUUAUUAUCAAGGGUUUUGUGUCUGUGAAGGAGGGGUCACCCCUAGUUCCAGUGAGAAUCUGGCGCGAUACUGGAGCCUUUCAGUCACUGAUAUUAAGUGAUGUCUUAGAAUUUGGUGACGAGCUAACAACAGACCAAGUGAAUACUCUGGAAGGUAUUGGCAAGGGAACAGAGGUUGUGCCUUUGCACAAAAUAAUUUUGAAAUGUGACUUAGUGUCUGGACCAGUUGAGACAGGGAUACCCCCUAAAUUACCAAUAGCUAAUAUGGAUGUCUUGUUGGGAAAUGACCCGGCAGGAAAAGAUGUAUACCCAGGGUUACAGCUAACAUGCCGGCCUGCUGUUAGUGAGACAAGUGCAGACAGUGAACUUUAUCCCGCAUGCGCGGUCACAAGAAGUAUGACAAGGACGGCUGCAGAAGUGAAGCGAUCUGGACGGGGAGGGGUCAGGUGCCCGCGAUAGCAAAGACAGGGGUACGGAUCCUACUGACUUAUCUGAAACUUUUCUACCGACUGUGUUCGACCAGGACUCAGGUAGUGAGGUGGAUAAGAGGGGUUUGUCAUUGUCCAGGCGGAAGCUUGUGGAAGAGCGGGAUAGGGUCCUGAGAUUGCAGUUUUAAAAGAGACAGCUCUUUCUGAGGAUGAAAUUCAGAGGGAGUCAAUGGGUUACUAUCUGAAGGAUGGGGUAUUGAUGAGGAAGUGGAGACCACCGACGGUACCUGCCUUUGAGGAUUGGGCCGUGGUGCACCAGGUGGUGGUUCCGAAGGGUUACCGUACAGAAAUGUUAAAGAUGGCUCAUACAAUGCCUUUAGGGGGACAUCUUGGAGUUAGAAAGACAGGGCACAAGGUUUUGAAAAAAUUUCGUCGGCCGGGUAUAAGAAAGGAUGUGGCGGGUUUUUGUAAAACUUGUCACACAUGUCAAGUGGUAGGGAAACUGAAUCAGACCAGCCCAAAAGCGCCACUUCGCCCCAUACCAGCUUUUAACGAACCUUUCUCCAGGGUCAUUGUGGAUUGUGUUGGCCCACUGCCAAAGACUGCAGGAGGCCACCAAUACCUGUUAACCAUUAUGUGCGCUGCCUCUAGGUUCCCAGAAGCAAUACCGCUCAGGAACCUAAAGGCGAAAACAGGGGUGAAGGCACUUAUUAAGUUCUUCACGUUAGUGGGUCUGCCCAAGGAGAUACAAUCCGAUCAGGGCAGUAAUUUUACAUUGGGUGUAUUCCAACAGAUAGUUACGGCACUGGGAGCAAAACAAAUUUUGUCCACGGCAUACCAUCCCCAAUCCCAGGGUGUGAUAGAGAGGUUUCACUCUACCCCAAAAACCAUGAUUAAAACGCGCUGUAUGGAAAACGGGGAACAUUGGGAUGAGAGUAUACCUUUACUCCUAUUUGUGAUAAGAGAUUCGAUCCAGGAAUUGUUGGGGUUCAGUCCGCUUGAGCUCGUGUUCGAUCAUAGGCCUCAAGGACCUUUGACCUUACUGACAGAGCAAUGGUCUGAUAAGGAAGUGCGAAUUGGUAUAUUGGAUUAUGUCUUGUGGCCUUGCGAAACACAAUCUCCAAGACUCCCAGGCUGAUAUGAAGCGCUGGUACGACAGACAGGCGAGGUUGGAGAUAAAGUCUUGGUUUUGUUUCCCUUGGAGAAUAACCCUCUCCAGGCUCAAUUUAGUGGACCUUACGAAAUAAUGAGGAAAAUUGAUGAGCUGAACUAUGUUAUCAGGACAACUGGUAGAAGGAAGACCACUCAAUUAGUGCAUGUGAGCCUGAUCAAACCUUAUUUUGAUUCUAAACCUGUAUCAGUUGGGGUCACGACCAAACAAGACCCAGCUGCAAAGACUAGCCCAGAGAUAACGGGGGAGUGUAAUGAGCAGUGUCUGGUUUCAGCUCGACUCAAGAAUGCUAGUGUUUUGGAGAAUAUAGACAGUAAAAUUAAUCACCUGGAACCGAAACAACAGCAACAGAUAAAGGUGCUAAUUGGGAAACAUUCCGAUCUAUUCCCAGAUACACCAAGGCAGUGUAGUAUAGCUACCCAUGAUGUCAUUGUGGGGCAGGCUGAUCCAGUGAAACAGCACCCCUACAGGAUUAAUUUAGAACGUAGUAAAGUAGUGGAACAGGAAAUCGAAUAUAUGUUGGCCAAUGGUAUAAUCAGGCCAUCCACCUCUGCGUGGGCUUCCCCGUGCGUGAUAGUUCCCAAGCCUGAUGGUACAAUGAGAUUUUGCACAGAUUAUAGAAAGGUCAAUGCAAUAACUAAAACAGAUGCUUCCCCUAUUCCCAGAAUAGAUGACUGCAUCAAUAGGGUAGGAUAGGCUAAGUACCAAACAAAAAUUGACCUGCUAAAAGGGUACUGGUGCGUUCCCUUAACCGAUAGGGCUCGAGAGAUAUCGCCAUUCGUCACCCCCUCGGGGUUGUAUGAGUAUAAUGUGAUGCCUUUCGGGAUGAAGAAUGCCCCGGGACAUUCCAACGUAUGAUAAACUCUGUGAUCCAAGGCUUGAAGAAUACUGGGGCAUACAUUGACGAUUUAGUAGUAUGGAACGACACGUGGGAGGAACACAUUGUAACAGUAGAGAAAUUAUUUGAUCGGCUCUCUAAAGCUAAUCUGACAGUGAACCUUGCCAAGAAUGAGUUUGGUCACGCCAGGGUCACAUAUCUUGGUUACGUAGUGGGUCAGGGUCAACUGGCUCUUGUGAAAAGGAAAGGUCAGGCCAUCGCUGAUGUACCCAUUCCAAUGGGUAAGAGAGCCUUGAGAAGGUUUUUAGGUAUGGUGGGGUAAUAUCGACAAUUUUGCAAGAAGUUUGCGGAUAUUGCCCUUCCACUGACAAGACUGUUGAGAAAGCGUGGACGAUUUGUGUGGGAUGAGCGUUGCCAAGAGGCGUUCGAAUGGUUAAAGGGUAUUCUGUGUCACCAUCCAGUGCUAAAGGCACCAGACUUCACCAAGCCGUUCUCCUUAGCGACGGACGCUAGCGAUGAAGCUGUAGGGCCGGUGCUAUUACAGAGAGGAGAUGAUGGUAUUGAACAUCCAGUGGCAUACUUUUCCAAAAAGUUUAACGUGCACCAGAAAAAUUACUCAACAAUAGAAAAGGAAUUGCUGUCCCUCAUUUUUGCAUUACAACAUUUUGAGGUGUACGUCAGUCCCGCACAAAGGCCGGUAGUGGUGUACACUGACCACAACCCUUUGGUGUUUUUAGAUAAGAUUAAAGAUCGAAAUUGAUGAUUAUUAAACUGGAGCCUGUGUUAACAGCGGUUUGAUAUCGAGAUAAGACACUUAAGGGGUACGGACAAUAUCAUUGCGGAUUUUCUAUCCUGCUGUUAAAAAUGCUGACGAAUUGUGUAAGUGCUUAAUGUGCACUCUGUGAAGUGGAAUGUAGUGCUUGGUGUGUAGAAUCUGUGAGUGAGCAAAAUUUUGCUUGAAGAUCAAAAUUUUCCCAAAAGGGGGAAGGUGUCACGCCGGUGAGAAGCUCCUAGAAACUUCAGCAGUCUAAUGAACAAGGAGGCAAUUAAAUGAGAGAGAGAGAGUACGGUGCGAGCUGAGACACGAGCUGGGAAGUCACCAUGGUAACAGCUCAGAGUGGUUGAGCUAACAGACACUGGAAUUUUGGAUGGAUUAUAAAAAGUUGAUCCUUCGGUCUAAUAACGACAGAGGAGACACGACACGGGAGAACUGCGGAAGCUACCCGAGAAACCACUGGUGGAGUUUAAGACCACCACGAGGGUGGAGGCGAUGGACCGAUUAAUUUCGACCCGUGAUUACCAGUGCGGGUAAGAGCUUGCCUGUGGAGGUCUGCUGGUGGUGAACCCGUGCUGUGGGUUAGUAGACCGUUCCCUAGAAGGGGCUCUGUCCAUUUGUGUCUGUGUGGGGGUCACACAGAGUGACUCUGAAGACUUCGGAAGUAAGAACAACUAAAGCUGCCAACUUGAACAUCAACUCAAUUAACUCUCUCUCUCUCCAUCAAUUCAACUCGACGCAACACAAAGUGAACUGAACUGCUUAAACUUACCUGACACCGUAAGACUGGUAUCUACCUCCUGGACUAUUAUUUUUUGUAUCCACACACACAUUUACGGAUAUAUAUAUAUAUAAUAGUUUAUAACUUGUAUUAUUCAGUUUAAUGCAUUUCUGCUGGUCCUUUUCAACCUGUCACAGGGUUCGUGACAUAUGUCUAUUAAAUAGUUAAUUUAAAAUAAGUAGUUCAAAAUCAGAAAUAAAAAGGUAGUGAAGCAGUGUUCAAUGUCCAUUUAGAAGUCCGAUAGCAGAGGGGAAGAAGCUGUUCCUGAAUCGCUGAGUGUGUGCCUUCAGGCUUCUGUACCUCCUACCUGAUGGUAACAAUGAGAAAAGGGCAUGUCCUGGGUGCUGGAAUUCUUUAAUAAUAGACGCUGCCUUUCCGAGACACUGCUCCCUAAAGAUGUCCUGGGUACUUUGUAGGCUAGUGCCCAAGAUGGAACUGACCAGAUUUACAACCUUCUGCAGCUUGUUUUAGUCCUGUGCAGGAGCCCCUCCAUACCAGACAGUGUUGCAGCCUGUCAGAAUGCUCUCCACGGUCACUUCUUUAUAACUACAUCGAUAUGCUGGGACCAGGUUAAAUCCUCAGAGAUCUUGACACCCAGGAACUUGAAACUGCUCACUCCUCCACUUCUGAUCCCUCUAUGAGGAUUGGUUUGUGUUCCUUCGUCUUACCCUUCCUGAAGUCCACAGUCAGCUCUUUGGUCUUGCUGAUGUCCUGUUUGGAUUUGAUCCUGAUGAUAAAAUGGUUACAUCCUGUUUGGAUUUUAUACACAGGAGAAAUAUCCAAUCACAACCAAAAAUCCAAAAUACAACAGAAAAUGCUUGGAAGGCUUAGAAUGUCAAGCAGUAUCUGUGGAGAGAGAAAUGGAGUUAAACAUUCCAUUCUGCUCCCCUCCUUUCUUUAUACCUUCUCAUCCCACUGGCCCUUACCACCACAUCUCUUUCCCCUCUCUCACCCUCUCCAUCUGCUUAUUCCUCCCACUGGUUCCCCUUCCCACCUCCCUCCCUUUAAUCUGUGGCCCACUGUCCUCUCCUAUCAGAUUUCAUUUUCAUCAUGCCUUUGUCAUUUAUAUCUCUCACCUCCCAGCUUCUUCUGUCAUUCCCACUCUGCCUCUCCCUCAUCUGCCUCUCACCUCCCUCCUCCUCACCUGGAUCCACCCAUCUCCUGCCAGCUCUUGCUUCACCCCUUUCCCCCACCUUUUUAUACUGGCCAUCUCCCUUUCUUUUCAGUCCUUGACCCAAAACAUUAACAGUCUAUUUUCCUCCACAGAUGCUGCCUGGCCUGCUGAGCUCCCCUAAUUCCUUUGUGUGUUGCUCCAGGUUUCCAGCAUCUGCACUUUCGUAUGUCUUCAAAGGUGUUAAUGUUUCAGGGUGAGACCUUUUCACUGGAACAGACCUGAUACAAUUAUAUCAAAUGCAAAACAUAAAUCAUUACAGCACAAUACAGGCCCUUUGGCCCACAGUGUUGUGCUGACCUUUUAACCUACUCUAAGAUCAAUCUAACCCUUCCCUGCUACAUAGCCCUCCAUUUUUCUAUCAUCCGUGUGCCUCUGCAAGAGUUACUUAGAUGUCCCUAAUAUAUCUACCUCUACCACCACACCUGGCAGGGUGUUCCCUGCACCCACCACUCUUUGGGUAAAAAACGUACCUUUGACAUUCCCCCUAUACUUUCCUCCAAUCACCUUAGAAUUAUUCCUUUCAUCUUAGUCAUUUCUGCCCUGAAAAAAAGUUUUUGGCUAGAUCUAUGCUUCUUGUCAUCUAGUAUACCUCUAUCAAGUCACUUACAUCCUCCUUGGCUCCAAAGAGAAAAGCCCUAUCUUGUUCAACCUAUCCCCAUAAAGCAUUCUUUCUAAUCCUGGUAAAUCUCCUCUGCAUCCUCUCUAAAGCUUGCACGUACUAUAUAAUGAGGCAACCAGAACUGAACACAAUAUUCCAAGAGUGGUCUAACCAGAGUUUUACAGAGUUGCAACAUUACCUCACAGCUCUUAGACUCAAUUCCAAUGAAAAUCCAUUAAAAUCUCUCUGCAUAGAUGCUGAUUUUCUGGAUGUUUUCAGCAUGACAUCCCACACCACCAGUUCAGGAACAGUUACUACCCCUCAACCAUCAGGCUAUUGAACCAGAGCCGAUAUCUUCACUCACCCCAUCACUGAACUGUUCCCACAACAUAUGGACUCACUUUCAAGGACUCUUCAUCUCAUGUUCUCGAUGUUUAUUGUUUACUUAUUUAUUAUUAUUAUGAUUUAUUUUUUCUCUCUUCUUGUAUUUGCACAGUUUUGUUGUCUUUUGCACACUGGGUCAGUGCUGUUGGGUGUGGUCUUUCACUGACUCUAUUGUGUUUCUGGUAUUUCCUGUGUAUGCUCACAAGACAAUGAAUCUCAGGGUUGUAUAUGGUGACAUACUGUAUAUGCACUUUGAUAAUAAAUUUACUUUGAACUUUGAAAUAAUUAUGUUGCUUGCAUUAAGCUUACAUCUUUUCUUUGAAUAGGACAUCUUAUUAAUUAUUUCUGUUUGGGUUCUAGCGAACAUUAUGUAACUAAGUAACCAUAUUAAAUGUUCCAGUGCAAACAUUUUGCCUUUGGAGUGAAUGUUGUUACCUUGAUGCCAGACUGCACAUAAUAACAUUAUACACCAUGUCCUUCAUUACCUUGCAUUGGAGCAAAAUAAAAAAAAUACUUACAGUAAGUAUAAGCAAAACCCAAGGCUAAGAUUAUUAAAAUGUACACACAACCAGAAAUAAUGUAGACUACAUUCUUAGCAGUGUUCAGCAACACAAGAGGAAGUUUUUUUAAAAAAACAGAGUUCUCUAAGAGACAAAUUGCUUGCUGAAAAACAGCAAGAAAAAUAUCAGACUUAUUCAAAUGUCUCAGAUUUGAGACAUUCCUUGUGGGUUCUAUAAAUUUUAUGGGCAAGCUUGAUACUCACAAGUAUUGGCUAUUGUAUAAACAUUUUAAAAUCUCAGAUUGCUUCAUCAUAACAGUUUGUUGAGUUUAACCAUUGUGUGCCCACCAACGCUUUCAAAAGUGAGUGGAUACAUGCCACAAAAGUUAUACCACUGAAGAAUCCCGUUCAGCCAAUGACUACUGCAUCAACACACUUCGUUGGAGAUUUCGAUGUACAUGUGAUAAAUAAACCUGAAUCUGAAGACAAAGCCCAAUAUCUGUGAAUUUGCAAGUCCAUUGGAGGCUGGAAUCGGCCUCUCAUGGUGUUGGAAGACCAUAAGAUAUAGGAGCAGAAGUAGGCCAUUCGGCCCAUCGAGAUUGCUCUGCCAUUCAAUCAUGGGCUGAUCCAAUUCUUCCAGUCAUCCCCACUCCCCUGUCUUCUCCCGAUACCCUUUGAUGCCCUGGCUAAUCAAGAACUUAUCUAUCUCUGCCUUAAGUGCACCCAAUGACUUGGCCUCCACAGCCGCUCGUGGCAACAAAUUUACCACCCUCUGACUAAAGUAAUUUCUCCACAUCUCUCUUCUAAAUGGACUUCCUUCAAUCCUGAAGUUGUGCUGUCUUGUCCUAGACUCCUCCAUCAUGGGAAAUAACUUUGUCAUAUCUAAUCUGUUCAGGCCUUCUAACAUUCGGAAUGUUUCUCUGAGAUCCCCCUUCUUUCUUCUGAACUCCAGGGAAUACAGCCCAAGAGCUGCCAGACGUUCUUCAUACAGUAACCCUUUCAUUCCUGGAAUCAUUCUUGUGAAUCUUCUCUGAACCCUCCCUAGUGUCAGUAUAUCCUUUCUAAAAUAAGGGGCCCAAAACUGCACACAAUACUCCAAGUGUGGUCUCACGAGUGCCUUAUGGAGCCUCAACUUCACACCCCUGCUCUUAUAUUCUAUACCUCUAGAAAUGAAUGCCAACAUUGCAUUCACCUUCUUCACCACUGACUCAACCUGGAGGUUAACCUUUAGGGUAUCCUGCACAAGGACUCCCAAGUCCCUUUACAUCUCUGCAUUUAGAAUUCUCUUCUCAUCUAAAUAAUAGUCUGCCUGUUUAUUUCUUCCACCAAAGUGCAUGGCCAUACACUUUCCAACAUUGUAUUUCAUUUGCCACUUCUUUGUCCAUUCCCCUAAACUAUCUAAGUUUCUCUGUUUCCUCAACACUACCCGCUCCUCCACUUAUCUUUGUAUCAUCAGAAAAUUUAGCCACUAAUCCAUUAAUCCUAUAGUCCAAAUCAUUGACAUAUAUCGUAAAAAGCAGCAGUCCCAACACCGACCCCUGUGGAACUCCACUGGUAACCGGCAGCCAGUCAGAAUAAAAUCCCUUUAUUCUCACUCUCUGUUUUCUGCCUAUCAGCCAAUGCUGCACCCAUGCUAGUAACUUCCCUGUCAUUCCAAAGGAUCUUGUCUUGCUAGGCUGCUUCAUGUGCGGCACCUUGUCAAAGGCCUUCUGAAAAUCCAAGUACAUCACAUCUACUGCAUCUCCUUUGUCUACCCUGCUUGUAAUUUCCUCAAAAAAUUGCAGUUGGUUCGUUGGGCAGGAUUUUCCUUUCAGUCCAGAGCCAGCAUGGUUUCUUAUCUUGUCAUGUGCCCCCAUAGCACAUCUCUCAUUGCUCCUCAGAUGUUGCAGGUGAGUAAUUUUCCUGAUCUACUGGGUUCUUUUGGAGAGGCUACCAACAUAAUGCUGUUGGGAAGAGGUUUUCAGGACCUGGACCCAGAGAUGAUGAAGGAACAGCAAUAUAUUUCCAAGCAACACACACAAAAUGUUGGAGGAACUCAGCAGGUAAGGCAGCAUCUAUAGAGAGGACUAAACAGUUGACUUUUACAGUCAAGUCCCUUCGUCAAUAUAUUUCCAAGUCAAGAGGAGUGUAUGUCUUGAAGGAGAACAUACCGGUGGUGGUGUUUCUCUAUGCCUUCUUGGUGGUAAGGUUCAGAGUUCAAAGUAAAUUUGUUAUCAAAUGUGGUAAUGAAUCAGCUUAUAGGAGAGAAACUGAAAAUCUGGCUGAGUGGUGCCAUAACAACAAUCUCAUUAUUAUGUUAUUAUUUCAGAGUACCUGUCCUGGACCCAGCAUGGAAGUGCAACUAUGAAGAAAGCACGAAAGCACCUCUACCUCCUUAGGAGUUUUCAAAGAUUUGACAUAAUAUCUAAAACUUUGACAAACUUAUACAGAUAUGUGGUGGAGAGUAUAUUGACUGGCUGCAUCACAGUCUGGUAUGGAAACAUCAAUGCCUUUGAAUGGAAAAUCCUACAAAAAGUAGUGGAUAUGGCCCAGUCCAUCAUGGGUAAAGCCCUCCCCAUCGUUGAGCACAUUUACAAGGAGUGCUGUCACAGGAAAGCAGCAUCUAUCGUCAGGGACCCCACCACCCAGGACAUGCUCUCUUCUCACCGCUGUCAUCAGGAAGAAGGUACAGGAGCCUUAGGACUCACACCACCAGGUUCAGGAACAGUUACUACCCCUCAACCAUCAGGCUCUUGAACCAGAGGGAAUAACUACACUCAACUUCACUUGCUCCGUGAUUGAAAUGUUCCCACAACCCAAGGACUCACUUCUAAGGACUUUUCAUCUCAUGUUUUUGAUAUUCAUUGCUUAUUUAUUUAUUAUUAUUUCUUUCUUUUUGUAUUUGCAGUUUGUUGUCUUGUUGAACACCAAGUUGGUGCGGUCUUUCAUUGAUUCUAUUAUGGUUAAUAUUCCAUGAUGGAUCUAUUGAGUAUGCCUGCACGAAAAUGAAUCUCAGGGUUGUGUAUGGUGGCAUAUAUGUACUUUGAACUACCUAUAUACAACCUUCAGAUUUGUCUCCUUACAAACAGCCACAAAACAAAGAAACCUAUUAGAACCCAUUAAAAACGGUUUUCUUUUUAAAAUCAAAACCCCCACGUGCAGACAAAAAACAAAUCGUAGGUUUGGGAGGUGGUGUUGGUGUGGCGUCAGCAAAUAUCUGCAGUGCAUUUUGUACGUGCUACACACUGUAGCCACUAUGGUGGCAUGUUCCCUCUAAUUUGUAAUGACAAGUGUGCGCAAAAAUCUUGUGCUGUGCAAUUUUUUACCCAGUGACAACAACAUGCAAGCCCUGAAUUUUAUAUAUAGAGGUAUUCAUUUUAACAGCAAGCAAAACAUUGUCAAUAAGAAUUUUGAUCUCCUCUGGGUUUGAUUGUUUUCACUGUUGUUCAUCUGCACUCUCACAAAACAUACAUAGCAGGCCUGUAGCGGGUAAUAAAGGAUUUUAUCGCCAGAGCUUUUGCACAUCAUCCAUAUGCGAUUUGCGUGUCCUCAUAAUCUAAUCUAAUCUAAAUGAUGCCUUAAAAAAGUCAAGUUUCCAAAUAUUACUCCAGUUCUUCCAACUUGCAUAUUCUCCAGCAACUUCUGCAUUCUGACAAUACACACAGGUAACACCAGUUUCUGUAUUGCACAUAAAUAUUUCUCGCAACUGCACGUUCCUGACCUCAUUGCUCAUGUUGUUCCAUUGUUUAAAAAGGGUUCUAAGAGUAAACCUGACAAUUAUCGGCCUGUGAGUUUGACGUCAGUGGUGGGUAAAUUGAUGGAAAGUAUUCUUAGAGAUGGUAUAUAUAAUUAUCUGGAUAGACAGGGUCUGAUUAGGAACAGUCAACAUAGAUUUGUGCGUGGAAGGUCAUGUUUGACAAAUCUUAUUGAAUUUUUUGAUGAGGUUACUAAGAAAAUUGACAAGGGUAAAACAGUGGAUGUUGUCUAUAUGGACUUCAGUAAGGCCUUUGACAAGGUUCCACACGGAAGGUUAGUUAGGAAGGUUCAAUCGUUAGGCAUUAAUAUUGAAGUAGUAAAAUGGAUUCAGCAGUGGCUGGAUGGGAGAUGCCAGACAGUAGUGGUGGAUAACUGUUUGUCAGAUUGGAGGUCAGUGACUAGUGGUGUGCCUCAGGGAUCUGUACUGGGUCCAAUUUGUUUGUCAUAUACAUUAAUGAUCUGGAUGAUGGGAUGGUAAAUUGGAUGAGUAAGUAUGCAGAUGAUAUUAAGAUAGGUGGAGUUGUGGAUAAUGAAGUAGGUUUUCAAAGCUUGCAGAGAGAUUUAGGCCAGUUAGAAGAGUGGGAUGAAAAAUGGCAGAUGGAGUUUAAUGUUGAUAAAUGUGAGGUGCUACACUUUGGUAGGACUAAUCAAAAUAGGACAUACAUGGUAAAUGAUAGGGCAUUGAAGAAUGCAGUAGAACAGAGGGAUCUAGGAAUAAUGGUGCAUAGUUCCCUGAAGAUAGGAAUCUCAUGUGGAUAGGGUGGUGAAGAAAGCUUUUGGUAUGUUGGCCUUUAUAAAUCAGAGUAUUGAGUAUAGGAGUUGGGAUGUAAUGUUGAAAUUGUACAAGGCAUUGGUAAGGCCAAAUCUGGAGUAUUGUGUACAGUUCUGGUCACUGAAUUAUAGGCAAGAUGUCAACAAAAUAGAGAGAGUACAGAGAAGAUUUACUAGAAUGCUACCUGGGUUUCAUCUCCUAAGUUACAGAGAAAGGUUGAACAAGUUAGGUCUUUAUUCUUUGGAAUGUAGAAGGUUGAGGGGGGACUUGAUAGAGGUAUUUAAAAUUACGAGGGGGAUAGAUAGCAUUGACGUGGAUAGGCUUUUUCCAUUGAGAGUGGGAGAGAUUCAAACAAAAGGACAUGAGUUGAGAGUUAAAGGGCAAAAGUUUAAGGGUAACAUGAGGGGGAACUUCUUUACUCAGAGAGUGGUAGCUGUGUGGAACGAGCUUCCAACAGAAGUGGUUGAGGCAGGUUCAAUGUUGUCAUUUAAAGUUAAAUUGGAUAGGUAUAUGGACAGGAAAGGAAUGGAGGGUUAUGGGCUGAGUGCAGGUCGGUGGGACUAGGUGAGAGUAAGAGUUGAGCAUGGACUAGAAGGGCCGAGAUGGCCUGUUUCCGUGCUGUAAUUGUUAUAUGGUUAUAUAUGGUCAAGCAGUUUCUACUGUUUCAUUAACUCAUUCCGCUUUAAAUGAACUAACAGUUCUUUUGCGCUUCAUGGCCUUUGCUUCUUUGAAAUUCGACACAGUGAAUCAAUAAUUUCUUCAAUAAAAACAGUACAAAUCAGCCAGUUCUAAAAUUUGCAGACAAAUUAUCGCAAACGCCACGUUGUCAACACCGUCCGCAUCUGAAACCGGAAAGGAAAUGUGAUUGUGUACAAUUGUGAAAUAUACUUAACAUGCCAACAAGGUGGAGGGUGACAACUUUUUGUGCACAGUUUAAAUUCCUUUGUGUGCUAGUGGCAAAAGAUGUGCGCACGUGCACACACGCAAACCUUAGAGGGAUCAUUGGUGGGGCAAAUGAAUGAAUAGGACAGCAUACCAAUCAAACAGGUUGCUUUACCCAGGAAGAUGUCAGGUUUCUUGAACAUAAUUGGAACUGCAUUCAUUUGGUUAAGUGGAGGGAACUCCAUUACAUUCCUGACAUGCCUGUAGAUGAUGGUGUCAGAAGGUAAAUCAUUCACUGCAAUAUGUCCAAUAUCCCAGAACACAUCCUACACAGUCAAGGCAGUAGAAAGGGACAGCUCCUGGACAUCCACAUCUCACAGGAUCUAUUCUGGGUCAAACAUAUUGAUGCAAUCACACCAAUGACAAAACAUCAUUAGGAAUUUGAGGGGAUUUGGUCGGUCUAGCGAAUUUCUACAGAUGAACUGUGGAGAGCUUUCUGACUGGAGGUAUGAUUAUCUGGUAUAGAGGCUCCAAUGCGUAAGAUCGGAAAAAGCAGCAGGAAGUUGUAAAUUCAGCCAGCUCCAUCAUGGGCACGAGCCUCCCCAGCAUCAAGGACACCUUCAAGAGACAAUGUCUCAAAAAGGUGGCAUCCAUGAGUAAGAACCCCCAUCACCCAGGUCAUGCCUUCUUCUCAUUGCUGCCAUCAAGGAGGAGGUACGGGAGCCUGAAGACACACCAUUAGAUUUCUGAAUGGUCCAUUAACCCAAGACCAUUUUUGCAUAUUUAUUUAUUUUUAUAUAUUUCUAUCAUAAUUUAUAUUUUUAUGUAUUGCACUGUACUGCUGCCACAAAACAACAAGCGUCAGUGAUAUUAAACCUGAUUGUGAUUCUGCUCUCAUAGUCAGAGGAUUCUGUGGUUGGUUUGGUAAUGGUGGCCCACAGGAAUUCGACAAUGGUAAUGCUACGGAAUAUCAAUAAUAGUUAUUUACCCUCUCCUUUAUUGGAUUGUGACAACAAUCUAGGAGUUACAAGCAUACUGCUACCAGAGUUAUUUAAAUAUUGAAUUUAAGUGUUUUUGCUUGCCAUGAUGGGACACUGUGGAUGCUGGUCAGGUAAAUUGAAUUAGAUGACAGCUACCUAGGUGGAAUAUGAUGUGCUGCUCCUUCAGCCUGAGUUUGGCCUCACAGGAGGCCAUGGACACACAUGUUAGAAUCACCCCGCUUCCCCCUCACCUGGCUUCACAUAUCACCUGUCAGCUUGUCCUCCUCCCCCUGCCCCCAGCCUCUUAUUCCAGCUUCUUCACCCUUCCGUGGAAACCACAGAAAGGGUGCAGAGGAGAUUUACAAGAAUGUUGCCUGGAUUGGAGAGCAUGCCUUAUGAGAACAGGUUGAGUGAACUUGGCCUUUUCUCCUUGGAGUGACAGAGGAUGAGAGGUGACCUGAUAGAGGUGUAUAAGAUGAUGAGAGGCAUUGAUUGUGUGGAUACCCAGAGGCUUUUCCCCAGGGUUGAAAUGGCUAGCACAAGAUGGUAUAUUUUUCAGGUGCUUGGAAGUAGGUACAGAGGCGACAUCAAAAGUAAGUUUUUUUACGCAGAGAGUGGUGAGUGUGUGGAAUGGGCUGCUGGCGGCGGUGGUGGAGGCGAAUACAAUAGGGUCCUUUAAGAGUCUCCUGGACAGGUACAUGGAGCUCAGAAAAAUAGAGGGCUAUGGGUAACCCUCGGUAAUUUCUCAGGUAAGGACAUGUUUGGCACAGCUUUGUGGGCCGAAGGGCCUGUAUUGUGCUGUAGGUUUUCUACGUUUCUUCCUUUCCAGUCCUGAUGGCGCGCUGGUGUUGGAAGCAUAGCAACAUUUAGGGGCUCUCUGGGCACAUUGCCUUAUUCCUGUGGGAAACAUUAAACAUUAAAGAGGGGUCUGACAGCUGAGGAGCUGUGAAGUCACAGCCCGGCGGUCUGUGACACUACUUGAGCCACCACUUUGUGGCAAUGCUGCUAUAUUUGUCUGUGUUUUUCCCCACUCUUUAAAGUUUACACUACAUAAUGCACUGAUCAAGAACGCAAGGUUAUUUUGCACUGUAUUUCUUGUGUAUAUAUACUCACUCAAUGACCAUACCUUGGACACCUGCUCAUUAAUACAAAUAUCUAACCAGCCAAUCAUAUGGCAGCAACUCAAUGCAUAAAAACAUGCAGACAUGGUCAAGAGGUUCAGUUGUUGUUCUGACCAAACAUCAGAAUGGGGAAGAAACAUGAUCUAAGUGACUUUGACUGUGCAAUGAUUGUUGGUGCCAGACAGGGUGGUUUGAGUAUCCUGAGAUUUUCACACACAACAGUCUCUAGACUUUACAGAGAAUGAUGUGAAAGACAAAAAAGCAUCUGGUGAGCAGCAGUUCUGUGGGUGAAAACACCUUGUUAAUGAGAGAGGUCAGAGGAGAUUGGCCAGACUGGUUCAAGCUGACAGGAAGGUGACAGUAACUCAAAUAACCACACGUUACAACAGUGGUGUGCUGAAGAGCAUCUCUGAAUGUACAACACAUUGAACCUUGUGAUUCAUUUUCUGGCAGGCAUUUACAGGGCAAUAAAGAUAUACGAUAGAAUUUAUGAAAAAAAUAUUACACAUAAACAGAGACUGAUGAACAACCAUUAUGCAAAAGAAGACAAACUAUGCAAAUACAAAACAAAAUAAUAAUUAAGUAAUUCUGAGAACAUGAGUUGUAGAGUCCUUGAAAGUGCGUCUAUAGUUUGUGGAACCAGUUCAGUGUUGAGGUGAGUGGAAUUAUCCAUGUCGGUUCAGGAGCCUGAUGGUUGAGGGGUAAUAACUCUUGCUGAACCUGGUGGUGUGGAACAUGAGGCUCUUGUACCUCCUUCCUGAUGGCAGCAGUGAGAAGAGAACGUGGUCUGGAUGGUGGGGGUUCCUGAUGAUGGAUGCUGCCUUCCUGUGGCAACACUCCUUGUAGAUGUACUCAGUGGUGGGGAGGUAGACAAUAUUGACAAGAAUUAGGCCUAAAUGACAAGAAAAUGAUUGAUGUGCAAGUAGAUGAACGUAAUUUGAGAUACAGCUGUUAAAAGAAGCCUCUGUGUGGCCAAUAGCUCAGUACUGCGUUGUGUACAUGAGGUAAAAAAGCUCCAGCAAAAAAUGUCUAAAUAUCGUAAGUCAGGCCUGUACAUUCUGUAUGCCUCUGGUGCAAUUAGUUCCUGCAGUGUGCGUCAGUCAGGAGAAAUGUUGUCUGUUCCAGACAAGACACUCUAUCCACUGUCAGUAAACUGUGGCUUAUUAAUUCUUACCUUACCGCAAUGAGCUGCUUUCAGGCAGAGAAUAGCUACAGCUGGUUUCCAUUUCUGCCCAGGGACUGGGCUUUUGGUCGGUUCAAGCACAGCAGUAAUUACCUGGUUCUUUUUUUUCAUAUUUGAAUUAGAAUGAGAUUAGUUGCUUCACUGCCAACAUGAUUGUAAUGUCAAAACCAGAUUUAUCUUGCUUCCCCUCGCCUUCCCCCACCCCCACCACCAAUGAAAGAAAGUAUUACGUCAGCUGGAUACAGCUAAUGGCCGUACGUCACCCAUGGAACAUGCUGCCUGGUCCAAAGGCUUCUGACCAUGGAGAUGAGUUUGAAGUACAAACACAAGAAAAUCUGCAGAUGUUGGAAAUCUAAGGAACACACCAAAUGCUGGAGGAGCUCAGUAGGUCAGGCAGCAUCGAUGCAAAAGAGUAAACAUUCGAUGUUUCAAGCCGAGACCCUUCACCAGAAAUCGAUGUUCAUUCUGAUACGUCAAUCCAUGGCCUCCUCUACUGUCAUGGUGAGGCCACACUCAGGUUGGAGGAGCAACACCCUGUAUUCCAUCUGGGCAGCCUCCAACCUGAUUGCAUGAACAUUAAUCUCUCAAACUUCCAGUAAUGCCGGCCCCUUCACCAUUCUCCAUCCCCUCUUUCCUCUCUCACCUUAUCUCCUUCACCAAUCGACUUCCCA